CACCACAGAGCGAGCGACACAGGAGCUUACAGUUUGAACACUCACCCGAUGUUGAGCAUGGAAGUGCAGAUGGACGUGAGCUGCUGUAAAUCAGUAGGAACUGAUCUGUCCAUGCUGGAUAUUGAGGAUUUCAUUAGUCAAAUCUGUCAGCUGAAGAAAGAGGUGGCGUCGCUGGAGGCCAAGCUGAGAGAAAGAGGAGAGAAACUCCAGCCAGAGGCUUCCACCUGGAGUGUCAAAGAUGAUCAUUCCAAACAGAAGUCCAGACGCGAGCAGCACUCAGAGCUCAGCCUCGGUUUGCUGUGUUUUACUGACUCUCAGCAGAGUGUGUGCGACAGUCACGACUCAGUGGAUAAAUCCGCUGCGGAGUCUGAUGGUAACACUGGAGAAGAGCAGACGGCGGAGAAAACCUGCUCCACCAAAGAGCAGGACUGCAGGAGUUUAGAAGAGACGGCGGAAGAAAACCCUGCAGAGAAAGUGCAGAGCGACUAUGAUGAAGAGAGUGAGGAAGAUGAGAAGGAUGAUCACUGUGAUGAUGAUGACUUCAUUCCUUCAGAUGAAAACAAAGAUUCAUCUGAUGAAGAAACCGCAUCGACCUCAAAACAGAAGCCGAAGACCAUUUUCUCCUGCAAACACUGCAGAAAAACAUUCAGCAAGCUCGCAAAUCUAUUGAAACACGAGCAAAAGCACUCCGGGCAGAAGGUUUUCUUCUGCAAGAGAUGCGACGUCAGCUUUCCCACCUUAAAAGAGCGCCAAGUUCACUCAAAAGUGCACAUGGUGAAGAAGGAGUUUCACUGCGAGCUAUGCGGGAAGGUUUCCUUCUCCUCCGGCAAUCUGAAAACACACAUGAAAACACACACCAAAGAAAAGCCGUUCCACUGCAGCGAAUGCGACAAGCACUUCAGCACCAAACAGUCCAUGAUGGUCCACAAGAGAAUCCACACCGGCGAAAGGCCGUAUAAAUGCCCUCACUGCGUCAAGACCUUCAGAGACGGCUCGCAUUUUAAAACGCACAUGCGAUCGCACGCCAGCGAGCGGCCGUAUCAGUGCAGCGAGUGCGGAAAAACCUUCAAGCAACCCAUUUGUUUAAUUUCACACCAGAAAAUACAUUCAGAAAAAAUGCAUCAGUGUCUACAAUGCGACAAGCGUUUCCGGCAGAUCGCGCACUUGAAGCGCCACGAGCGAAUGCAUUCGGGAGAAAAGCCGUAUUUGUGUUUCCACUGCGGGAAGAGUUUUUCAGAUCCGGCGCACUUCAGGGUCCACCAGAGAGUCCAUACUGGAGAACGGCCGUACCAGUGCAGCGUCUGCGGGAAGAGGUUCCGCCAACACACCAAUCUACUGAAGCACAAGAGGAUUCACACUGGAGAAAGACCUUUUAAGUGUUCACACUGCGACAAGAUGUUCGCACGAUCGGACGUGCUGAAGAUCCACGAAAGAGUUCAUACCGGAGAGAAACCGUACCACUGCUCCAUCUGCGGAGAGAGGUUUGCGUAUUUAGGAGGAUUCCAGACGCACCAGAAUAAACAUGUGAAAGAACAGCCGGCUCCAGAAUCAACAUAGAGUCAGUUCAGUGCAUCGGUUGAUCAUGAAACUGUGCGUGUUUGACCCUUGUGUGCUGUCGGGGAUGUUUUCAUCCACUCUUGUUUGAUUUUGAGUGAUGAUUUGGCCAUGGCUUUCCUCGACAAAUGGAAGGAUUUUUGGUUACAAAUCUCAUUUGGACACAUAUUUUGGGAAAAUGCUUUGAGAAUUGGAAAAUGUACUCUCAGUACACAUAUUGACUCCCCUUUGGUUAUGUUGGGGGCUGUUUUUGCCCCAUUGACUUCCAAUAGUAUGACACUUUUGACUACAAAAGUAAUGACAGCAAAUAAUCAUGUAUUCUUCAUGGUGGUUUCCUGUUGGGAAGAGAGACAUUUUUACUGUUGCAGAUCAACGACCAGCCAGAAACCCUUUUUUUUUUGCAACGGUUAAUGGUGCCAACUGAUAAUCAACAGUAAAAUGUACACAUUUCACCUCCUCCUAACAGGGACAACAAUCAAGAAUGCAUGAUUAUAUGCUGGCAUGGCUUUGCAAUCAAAACAUAUGAUAAUGGAAGUCAAUUGGGUAAAAACAGCCCACAACAUAACCAAAGGGGAGUCAAUCUGAACAAUACACAAGGGUUAAUGCCAGUAGAAGAGGCAGUAGUAACACUGAGCUUUCCUCAAAAUAAUGAGUGACAAUGAAAAUUCUGAAUCAUCGCAGACUCUUUCCAGCGUUCGGUGCAUUGGUUGAUCAUGAAGCUGUGCAUAUUUAAAAGGAUAGUUCACCUGAAAAUUCUGUCAUCGUUCACUCUCCCUGCUCUUCUUUCAAACCGGUUUAAGUUUCUGUUAAACACAAAGAAAGAUGUUGUGAUUUUUAAAUGGUUUACCUCCAAUAAUACUGGAUUGCGCAUGCUUGCAAUGAGGCAAAAGACGCAUGUUUGCAAAGAAAAGCAGACCCCAAAGGACAACUAUGACAACAUAAAACAGGAAAAACUCAUAUGAAAUGUAUUAAUUUGGAACAUUUCAUGUCUGUUUUACUUGUUUACUUCUGUAAGGAACUAUUUAAAGGCAUUUGAAGACUCGUAUAAGGAUUUCCAAACUACACUGAAAUGUUUUAAACUGUACAGAGUAGCGAGAUGCAUUUUAAUCUCACUCGAGUCAAAAUCAGCAGCGGGAAAUAAUUAUUUCAUUGUGUUUUAGAAGUCGGUGGUGAAGUUUUUUUAAUAUUUCGUCUGUAUUUACAGCUGAAAAUGUUUCCAAUACUGGCUUUGCUUCAUUGGUGGUUAUUACACCAGUGUGUUUGUAUUUCCACCAUAGAUAAAGACAGUUUUGUUUGA